AUGAAUUUAAGCAAGACAGAACUUGCCUUCCUGCUGUGGUUUAUAUCGGAGUUCUCCGUAGUUUGGAAAGCAAACUGUUACUAUGAGACAAGCUGCCAACUGAGGCGGAACAUAUAUAGUGCCGGAGGUGAACCUAUGCUACAUACAGUUCAUCCAGACGAACAAUCAAUUGAGCCAACACGACGGUUUAGACUGAUAAUAUCAAGCAUUCACAAGUAUUACAGUACGAGUAAUGAUUAA